UACCUACUGGUGAAUCAGUUGACUAAUAACUUUUGUGUUUAAUAAUUUGGAAUUUGAAACAAAAAGUAAAUAUUUGCAUUAAUUGUUAUCUUAGGACCAUUUGGCCCUAACACUGUAUUCAAUAAGUAAUGGACAGUCAGUUAUGUGUAAAUAUGAUUAAGAUACUCUUGAUUAAUUGUGGACUAAAGUUUCCCAGAAGUUCUAUCCAUCAUGUGUAAACUUGCAAUACUUCAGAAACACUUUGAUGUGAAUUUGUUUGCCAGCCAUAUGCCAAACACAGGACAGUAAUUUUCAACAACCAAAACCCCACCGAAAUGCUAAAUUCGCCUACAUCCCAACAUAUUAUCAUCAAUUUGUUUAAAAUAAUGUGAAAAAACAAUAGAAGGAGCAACAUACCACUUAUGGCGCCCUUACCCGAAUAUCGUUUAUUGGAUAUUGUGGAUAAUAGGUGGCGUGAAGAGAUUUUGCCAUUCGACCAGAUUUUUGUUCCAACAGACAAAUUGCCAGAUCCCGAAGCGGAUGGUGGUGAUUCGCAUUUAACACUUAGCGAGCAGGAGCAAAAAUGGAGUGAUUUGGCACUUGCUUCUUUGGCGCCAGAAUCUUCAUUGAGUGAUCAAUUCAACAUGUCUACGUUGUAGAUUUUUAAUAGAAAGUAAUAUACAAAACAACAUAUAUAAGCGAAAAGACUAUCUUUAAAAUGAAUCAACACCUGCAUUCACCUACCAA